AUGACGCGCAGGCCAGCGCUCUUCGAAGUUUUCGAAACAGGCAGUGCCUUCCGCUUGUGGCAUACAGAGAACAACGUUUGCCAAUGCUUAUCCUGCCAGGGUGAAGGAUACAGUUGGUCAGGGUCGCGGACCUUUCUGACCAAUGCCGAGACCAACAACGAAGAACAGCUUUGGGUCAUCACAUCCUUCACCGAGGACGGAAAUGCCUUCAAGAUUGCCAACGUGAAGCACGGGCUAUUCUUGUGCGCACAUGGGCGGCUCGCUGGCCCGAUCCUCUUUUGUCAUCAAGAAAAUGGCGAGUCGGAUCAGGCAUGGCUCUGCCUUCCUACUGGCCAGGACCGUUUCCACCUGAACAAUGUAAGUGUUGGCAAAGUAGCCAAUGGCUCUUGGCAUGUGGAGCAUGUCCGGACCUUUGCAGGCUUCAGCCAAACGCCAGUGCCAACAACUCCGGCUGCUGGUUCCGACACUUUGAAAAUUGCUGCUGCAGCCGGCGCAGCGGGAGCAGUCCUGGGGGCUGCAGCCAUCGUAGUGGGUGCGUCACUCCUCGCUAGCAACGACGAUGAGAACCGGACACGCAACGCCAACGACAGACGCCGUGAUGUUCAGCGCCUGCGUGAUCAAGACGGUAAGGUGACUUUGACCGAUCACUUGCACCAACUGAAGGAUGUGACCCUCGACUUGAAGAAGACUUUUGGAAAAGAGAGCAUCCGAGGAAGCUCGGCAGGUGGUGAAAGACGCCUGCUUUUGCACAGCAUUCGCUUCACCCAAGACAGCGUUGCCUCGCAAUUUCAAGAUGGCCGGUCUCUAGAGGAAACUGUGAGCUCGUUGCGGUCUGGGAAGAUGGCCGUCGAUGACCUUCCGGCCAUCCGUGUGGUCGAGUACAUGAACAACUAUUGGAGUUUGGACAAUCGACGCCUGAGCUGUAUGCAGGAAGCCUUCCCAGAGCGACGCCAUGCAGACAAAGCGAUUCUAGUGAAGAUGGAAGUGCUGUCGGAUCCAAAGGUCUUUGCUGAGUUCAAUCGGAAGUUUACGACAGGAACACAGAUAGUAAAGCGAGGCGGUUCUUCAAAGUCCUGA